AAAGAUGGCGGACGUAACCGUGGGAAAGGACAAGUGCGGGGAGCAGCGGCUCGUUUCGCUGCCCCUGUCCCGCAUCCGAGUCAUCAUGAAGAGCUCCCCUGAAGUGUCCAGCAUCAACCAGGAAGCACUGGUGCUCACGGCCAAGGCCACGGAGCUCUUUGUUCAGUGUCUAGCCACGCAUUCCUACAGACACGGCACUGGGAAAGAAAAGAAAGCACUGACGUACAGUGAUUUGGCGAAUGCUGCAGAGGAGUCAGAAACUUUCCAGUUUCUUGCAGAUAUACUGCCAAAGAAGAUUCUGGCUAGUAAGUACAUGAAAAUGCUGAAAGAGAAGAGGGAAGAGGAGGACGAGAACGACGAUGAGGAGAGUGGCAAUGACGAAGCCGAGGCCUAAACCCAGAGAAGGGCUUUAAAUGUCGGUGGUGAGGACACUCCUGGAGGAGCAGUGGCUCUGAAGUGUGGACACUGCUAUGCAGCUCUAGUCUCUGGCUUUCUGAGACUUCCAGCAACAGUCGUACUGUUUCUUCGCCCAGGCGGCAUAUCCUGCACUGACACUAUAGAGACAGAGGGGAUGCGUGGCUCACCUGCAGCCUGAGGUCUUCAGGAAGCAGCAGAUGGCUGGCUGCAGCUCACCGGAGCUUCCCUUUUAACGUGCAGAUAGUGUCCUGGUGUCACUAUGCAUGUUUGUAUGUAUAUUCUGAAGGUUCUUGUAAACAACGAGAUUGUUUUAGCUAAAUAUGUAGGUUAUAGCUAUAUAAAUCUUUGAAUUUUUUGUAUUUUGAAAAAUCUGACUAUUCAAAUUUUUUUAUUAUAAAGAAAUACCUUUUUCCUUUUCUAUUAAAGGUCUGCACAUAUUUUUAUAGUAAAACGCCUAUCAAAGCACAUUUAUGGCCUUCUGUUCUUACUUUCUACUUGAGAAUUUUGUGAAAUUUAGAAGUGAGCAUUUCUGGCUGGGGAUGUAGCUCUCAAUGGUAGAGUGUGUGCUUAGCAUGCGGGAGGUCCUGGGAUCCAUCCCUAGCUCCAAAUAACUGCAAAACCCAUUUUUAUUCCCAGAGGAAAAUAUCAAAAGUCAAGUUAUCAAGUGAAACACAAGAAGGAAUAUUACCUCUGCAUAAGGAAGGAUGGUAUUCUUUAAAAACAUUGUAUAUUGAAGAUAGUCUCAUGUUUCUGUUCUUUAAACUGAGUGUUUUUACUGUCUGCAGGAGAAAAACCAUUAAACCUUGUU